CGAAGCUUCCGAAGUUCAGAUAUAAAUUCAAAUUCGAUAUGGAAGCUUCACCACAUAUUCGGGAAAAUAAAGAUGAAAAGAAAUUGAGCAAGGUGCACAACCGCCCACCAUCUGGUGGCGUGGAAGAACUUCGUAAUAAAUUCGGGUAUAAUUUACCACAAAUAGCCACGUUACAUCGUCUGUAUGACCGAGAGAGAAAUAAGCACAUUAUCAACAAUAUCAUGAAAUCACAGAACACUACCCCUACAGUCAUCAAGCUGCUUUUCACGGGUCGAUUGCCAAUGGGUUACUUCAACGAUCUGUGCUAUGGUCAAGCCACACAAACAAAGAAAAUACCACUUAGAACAACGUAUCCCAUAGGAGAUCGUGAACGACCGCUGUGGCAACCCAAACCAAAAAAAGUUAUCUCUGUCCGAGAAAUAGAACAUGCAGUAUACGAAGCCAGGGCGCGUCAUAGAAAUCGUCUUGAAAACAUUUCCAGUAAAGCUCACAGCCAUUUAAAGGAGGUUGAAAAGGUCAUGAUGCGUCAUCUGAUGAUCGAGCCUCGAGGGUUGAAGCUAUAUUUCGACAAACUUGAAAAGCGAUCUUCAAAAUUGUUUGAAAAACGAAAAGCAGAGAAGGCUAAACAUAACGAAGUUACAGAGAAAUCAAAACACUGACAAAACACAGUUUGUUGCAUUUAAGCCUGAUUUUAUAAUUGUUCAUUUUCGUUGAUUGCAUUCGUUGUUCAACCGCAAUUGGUAUUUUCAAGACUUUUACAAUAUUUUUAAGGUUGUUUUGUUAUUUUCGUUAGUUUUUAUUCUAAUAUCAUUUUGUAGGAGAGUGACAUUAAACUUUGCGUUAUUGCUAUUGGUUGUUUAAAUAAUAAUAAAAUCUAAAUAUUGGUGAAAUGUAUAUAUUAUUGAUAAUAAACCUGUAAAGU